AUGGUAGAUUUAACAAAUAAUAUUCAGCUUUUAUUAGACCAAGUAGUAAAAUAUAGAGGUUUUUCUGCAGAUACAUUCCAUUUACUAAAAUUUACCAAAGUAGAAAAAGGCCUUAUUGAAUGCGAGGUAAAAGUUGAAAAAGAAUUAACCAACACCUAUGGUGUUGUGCAUGGUGGAUGUAUUGCAACUAUAUUAGAUGGUCUUGGUGCAUUUUGUUUUGUUUCAACUCAAGAUGAAUUUCAAUUUGGUUUCACUGUUAAUCUAAAUAUUAAUUAUAUAGCUGGUGCAAGCAUUGGUGAAACCAUUAUUUGUAAAAGUGAAGUUGACAAAAUUACAAAAUCUUUAGCCUUUAUCAAAUUAACUGCUGAAAGAAAAGAUGGCACAUUAUUGUCAAAUGCAUCUGCUAUAUAUAAAGUUCCACCACAAAAACCAAAAUCAAAAUUGUAA